ACAACUUCACCACAGUCGAUUCUGCGAGUAAUGUGUAUUUGGACAUUUGUCGGCGAUUGUGCAUUUUAACAUAUAGAAAUUGUCUGUUAGUUAAACUGUAUUUGUAAAUUAGGUAGUAGGAAAUAUAAAAAUUAAAAUGCCUGACCAUUUGGGUGAUGAUAUGCGUAAAGUGAAAAAUGCUGAGAAAGAUGAAGAAAAAGAUAUAAAAUCUUUGGACGAAGGGGACAUCGCGUUACUCAAGAGCUAUGGCCAAGGACCUUAUACAAAAACGAUAAAAGCAGUAGAAGAUGACAUACAGACUGUGAUUAAAAGAGUAAAUGAAUUAACAGGAAUUAAAGAAAGUGACACUGGUCUUGCUCCACCAGCUUUGUGGGAUUUGGCAGCUGAUAAACAAACUUUGCAAAAUGAACAGCCUUUACAGGUUGCCAGAUGCACAAAAAUCAUUAACGCCGAUUCUGAUGACCCAAAAUACAUAAUAAAUGUAAAACAAUUUGCAAAAUUUGUUGUGGAUUUGGCAGAUUCGGUAGCUCCAACAGAUAUAGAAGAAGGAAUGCGUGUUGGUGUUGACAGGAACAAGUAUCAAAUACAUAUACCCCUGCCCCCUAAAAUUGAUCCUACAGUCACAAUGAUGCAGGUUGAAGAGAAACCAGAUGUUACCUAUAGUGAUGUAGGUGGAUGUAAGGAACAAAUUGAAAAAUUAAGAGAAGUAGUAGAGACUCCACUAUUGCAUCCAGAAAAAUUCGUUAAACUGGGUAUAGAGCCACCGAAAGGAGUUUUAUUGUUUGGGCCACCCGGUACUGGAAAAACUUUAUGCGCUAGGGCUGUGGCUAAUCGAACAGAUGCCUGUUUCAUUAGAGUUAUUGGUUCAGAAUUGGUCCAAAAAUAUGUAGGUGAAGGUGCACGUAUGGUACGUGAACUAUUUGAAAUGGCACGAUCUAAGAAAGCCUGUUUGAUAUUCUUUGAUGAAAUUGAUGCCAUUGGAGGAGCCAGGUUUGAUGAUGGAGCAGGUGGAGAUAAUGAAGUGCAAAGGACUAUGUUGGAGCUAAUAAACCAGUUAGAUGGUUUUGACCCCCGGGGCAAUAUAAAAGUACUUAUGGCUACGAAUAGACCAGAUACCUUAGAUCCAGCGCUCAUGAGGCCAGGCCGUCUUGAUCGUAAAGUAGAAUUUGGGCUUCCGGAUUUGGAAGGAAGAUCACAUAUAUUUAAAAUUCAUGCAAGAAGUAUGAGUGUUGAACGCGAUAUUCGUUUUGAAUUGUUGGCACGUCUCUGUCCAAACUCUACUGGUGCUGAAAUUAGAUCUGUUUGCACUGAGGCUGGAAUGUUUGCUAUUAGAGCUCGUAGGAAAGUGGCAACAGAGAAGGACUUUUUAGAAGCUGUAAAUAAAGUUAUAAAAUCAUAUGCUAAGUUUUCUGCAACCCCGAGAUAUAUGACUUACAAUUAGUUAAUAAUUAUAAAG